AUGGGACCGACGUCAUAUAAAAUCGUUGCCAUUCGCAAAUACUGACCGCCCAUCUCUAGCUUUAUCCACAUCUAUCAUUUACCAUGUCUCUCUCAAAGCACAUCAAUCCUAGCAAACUCAUCCGCGAGUCCAAGGAUAAGAACUCCAACCAUCAUCAUCUGAUUAGUUCUAGGGAGUCUGAUUCUACAUCUCACCCAUAUGGAGCGCGGUACGGAAUCACAUCUGUCCCCAAGUUUCAUAUCCCUUCCAAGGGAACCAGCGCGCAGACCGCGUACCAGCUGAUCCAUGAUGAACUGGCCCUUGAUGGAUCUCCCAGUCUCAAUCUUGCGUCCUUUGUGAACACCUGGAUGCCAGAGCCUGCGGACAAGUUGAUGUUGGAAAAUAUGUCCAAAAACUUGAUCGAUCAGGAUGAGUAUCCUAUGACGCAGGAAAUUCAUACCCGUUGUGUCUCGAUCCUUGCUGAUCUUUGGCAUGCACCUUCGGCGCAUCAGGCAAUUGGGACCGCUACUACUGGUUCAUCGGAAGCUAUACAGCUGGGGGGUCUUGCCAUGAAGCGGCUCUGGCAAGAGCGUCGCAAGGCUGAGGGCAAGUCUAUCCAUGAGCCUGGCCCCAACAUCGUCAUGGGUGCCAAUGCCCAGGUCGCUCUUGAAAAGUUUGCACGUUACUUCGAGGUUGAAUGCCGCCUCGUCCCAGUUAGUGUCGAGAGCAAGUAUAGACUCGACCCCCAGAAAGCCAUGCAAUAUGUCGACGAAAAUACCAUUGGCGUUUAUGUCAUCCUCGGUAGUACUUACACCGGUCACUAUGAACCAGUAAAGGAGAUGUCUGACCUUCUCGACGAAUACGAGCAGAAGACAGGAAUCAGCAUCCCCAUCCACGUCGACGGAGCUUCGGGUGCCUUCGUCGCGCCCUUUGCGCACCCAAAGCUGCUUUGGGACUUCAAGCUUCCGCGGGUUGUCUCUAUCAACACCUCAGGCCACAAGUAUGGUCUGGCUUACGUAGGUGUCGGUUGGGUGGUAUGGCGCUCCAAGGCAUACCUUCCGAAGGACCUCAUCUUUGAGUUGCAUUACCUUGGUUCAGUCGAGUACUCGUUCUCGCUCAACUUCUCCCGUCCUGCCGCACCCAUCAUCGCUCAAUACUUCAACUUUGUGCACCUUGGGUUUGAGGGAUACCGUGCAGUAGCUAAGGAUGACCUCAAAAAUGCAAGGCUCUUGAGUCGUGCUCUCGAUAAGUCUGGCUGGUACACAGUUCUUAGCGAUAUACACCGGCCAAAAGCCAAAAAUAUUCUUCAGGAGAAUAACCAUGGGACUACCGACUUCGACGAAGAAAACUCGGAGAACUAUGAAGACGGUCUUCCGGUUGUCGCAUUCCGGUUCUCCGACAGCUUCCAAGAGUCGUACCCUGAAAUCCAACAGAAAUGGAUUCAGAUUCUUUUGCGAACUAAAGGGUGGAUUGUCCCGAACUACGAACUUGCCCCUGACUUGGACAAAGUUGAAAUCCUUCGGGUCGUCAUCAGGGAGAACGCGACUGAAGCGCUGGUGGAGCGCCUGUUGGGAGAUAUCAUCGAGAUUACCCAAGACAUCAUUAAACAAGACUCCCCGACAAAUGCCCUCACCUUACUUGGAAAACACAGCCGUGACAAUGUUGGUAAGAUGGACGAAGGCUCUGGGUCGAAGUACUCUGGUACGUACUCGAAGCAGUGUUAGAGAUGGCUGAGGUGAGAGAGCGGUAGAAAUAUGGCGAUAUUUUAGCAUUGGCCCAAGGCUCGGUUCAGAUGUACGAUUGUAGGAAUAAGGAACUUUGUCAAUUUCAAAACUUUGGUUCUGGUCACUUAUGUCCGAC